AGAGAAUUUAUAUGUUUUAUUAUGUCUUUUUGAUAAAGAUAUGGCAUCAAAUGGAGCUAUACGCAGAACAAUUGAUAUAUCAAAUUCCUCAUGUAUGGAAUUAGCUCUGCAAGGUGAACAGUAUUGUAAAAACGGGGACUGUAGAAGUGGUGUUGAGUAUUUUGAAGCAGCAAUUAAAGUUGGCACUGAAGAUCUAAAAACAUUAAGUGCUGUUUACAGCCAAUUAGGAAAUGCAUAUUUUUAUUUACAAGAAUAUGAGAAAGCUCUUGAAUAUCACAAACAUGAUCUUACAUUAGCAAGGACUUUAGGUGACAGAGUUGGUGAGGCAAAAGCCAGUGGAAAUUUAGGAAAUACUUUAAAAGUACUGGGAAAGUUUGAUGAAGCUGUUUUAUGUUGUACAAGGCAUUUAGAUACCGCAAGAGAACUCAAAGAUAAAGUUAGUGAAGGUAGAGCAUUGUAUAAUCUUGGAAACAUUUAUCAUGCAAAAGGUAAACAUUUAGGAAGAAUCAGAAAUCGUGAUCCUGGAGAUUAUCCCAUAGAUGUUCAGCAAGCUUUGGAAAGAGCUAUAGAAUUUUAUGAAGCUAAUCUGGCUAUAGUAAGUAGUCUAGGUGAUCGAGCUGCUGAAGGUCGUGCUUUUGGGAAUCUUGGAAAUACUCAUUAUCUUCUUGGUAAUUUUGAAAAGGCUGUUCAGUUUCAUGAAGAGAGACUGCUAGUGGCUAGAGAGUUUAACGAUAAGGCUGCAGAAAGACGUGCAUUUAGUAACCUUGGUAAUGCUCAUGUUUUUCUUGGAGAAUUUGAAAUAGCUGUAGAAUAUUACAAAAAAACAAAAGAAUUAGCAAUUGAACUUCAAGACAAAGCUAUUCAAGCCCAGGCUUGUUACAGCUUAGGAAAUACAUACACACUUCUGAAAAAAUAUGAAUUAGCAAUUGAAUACCAUCUUUUGCAUUUGCAAUUUGCACAAGAAUUAAAUGAUAGAGUUGGUGAGGGACGAGCAUAUUGGAGUCUUGGAAAUGCACAUACAUGUAUGGAAAAUCAUAAAGUUGCUUUGUCAUUUGCCAAAAAACACUUAGAAGUCUCUAAAGAGGUUGGAGAUCGUACUGGCGAACUUACAGCUGAAAUGAAUAUUGUUGACUUAAAAACUUUACUUGGCAAAAGCAGCAGAAGUCGGCCACUUUCCACUCCAUUGACUUCGAACGAAGUACAACAAUUAUUUAAUCACAAUGAGAAAAAGAGCGAGAUAUCUACUGAAUCAAAACACGUGCGUUUGAAGAAUUAUAAAGUCACUAAGCUUAAUGGGUCAAAAGCAGAUGGCCCGGGCGAAGACUUCUUUGAUCUUUUGUAUAAAUCACAAAGUUCAAGACUGGAUGAUCAACGUUGUGAUUUUCCUAAAAAUAGGUCAGAAUUUGUGACUAAACCAUUAGUUCAUAAAGCUCUUAGCGAUAGCAUGAGUAAUUUUGGAGAUCGUACGGAAUUACAAAGAAAUUCACUUCCUGAUUUACCUGGUCUAUCAGAAAACGCUAAAGAAAAACUUGUUGUAAAAUUUAAUGGAAUACCUGAUGAGAACUUUCUUGAAAUGCUAAUGCGUUGUCAGGCUGCACGUAUCGACGAUCAACGCUGUGAAUUUCCCGUUACGCCUCGCGGACCUACUGUGCCAGAUGAAGAUUUUUUUAAUCUGAUAGCUCGAUUACAAUCUGGUAGAAUGGACUCGCAGCGCGCAAAUUUCAACCCCUAGUAGAAUGGACUCGCAGCGCGCAAAUUUCAACCCUUAGUAAAAUAGUAGUAAAAUCAUUUUUUACAGUUGUUUUUUUUUAAAUAAAAUUUUUUUAGAAAAAUUUUCGUUCUUCACAUUUCUAAAAUUAGGCUCUUGUUUUUUUUAACGUUAAAAAUCGUUCUGUAAAAUAAACUUUUAAUGGGGGCGGUGCUUUCAAAAAAUAUAUAUAUGUUUCAUGAUUUUUUUUAGUGUAAAUAAUGCACAAGGUUUUUUUCUAAUUUUAUCAUUUUAUUUUUCUAUAUUCCAGUUUUAUUGUAUUUAUUGCAAAUUAUGAAAUGGUGUAUAUAGAACCUCUUUUUCUUGUUUACUCUUUCUUUUUGUUAUUAGUAUUGUUCCUUUUAUAUAGAUGGUUUAUUUAUUUUUUGGCUACAAAAAAUAGAAAUUUAAAUUAAAUUUUGAAAAUUGUGUUAA